GGUAAUUACGCGAGUGACAACGCGGACAGACUCGUGUGGCGAGAAAUUGACACCGCGUUUGAGAAUCGCGUUCUGACAGGAGCGGUUAUCAAUGGGAACUACAUUGAACCGCGAAAGUUUUUAGAAGACGCUGGUGGUAUAGUACUCGAGCGAGUGCGGGACGCUAUCGAAAGACACAACUCUGUGAAAGUGAACACCGCAUUCAAUGGCGUAUUUGUAACGGGCGACAAACGCGCCAAUAAAAGUAUUACCAUGAAAAACAGUGAUCUCUUUAGAACAUCGGACUUGGAUGAGUGGUACGAGCGGUGCGUUAUCGAGUCCACGUUAGCAUCGCUCGAGGAAUUCCAAAAACGUGAUAGUGGGCGGGCGUUGUCGCGUAUACAGAAUUUGACUGUAAAUGUGAAUAAGUACAAUUUUAUGCGCGCGGGAUGUCACAUGACAUUACCGCGGGAAAUAAUAACAAAGCGUGCGGUUGUUAACGUGAAAUCGAUGGACAAUGCUUGCUUCGCAUGGUCUGUGAUAGCCGCUCUAUAUCCCGCAGAAAGAAAUUCAGAAAGGGAGUCAUCAUACCCUCAUUAUACAAACGUUCUGAAUUUCGAUGACAUUGAGUUUCCAAUCGCGUUAAAAGACAUUAAAAAAUUCGAGAGACUAAAUAAUAUUUCGGUCAACGUCUACGAGAUCCAAAAGGAUCAAACUGAAACCUAUAAAAUUCUCCCGCUAAGACUCUCCAACGACAAGAAGGAGAAGCAUGUUAAUCUGCUAUACGUGCAAGAUCUACGCGAAGACAACGUGGGACACUUUGCAUGCAUCAAGGAUCUGUCUCGUCUAGUGAUCUCACAACUCAGUAAAAAGGAACACAAAAAAUAUAUUUGUGACCGGUGAGUAAUAAUUUUAUAA